CGGACUAUUGGUCGGUCGAUAACCGAAUCAAAACAAACGUCACACGUGCAAUUUAUGUGAAAUUCAUCAGCAAAAUGAAGGCAAAAAAGAAGUUGGGCGUGGGAUUGAGCCGCCAGGAACGGCAGGUGCUCGUCAUCGGGGAGAUCAUUCAGGAGUUGCUAAAGGCGCACGAAGCCAAAAAGGAUGUAAACCUUAACCGGAUGAAAUCAUUGGUGGCCUCCAAAUAUGGACUGGACAGUUCGCCGCGCCUGGUCGAUAUCAUUGCAGCCGUGCCGCAGGACGCCAAAAAAAUUCUGCUUCCAAAGUUGAGGGCCAAGCCCAUUCGCACAGCAAGUGGCAUCGCCGUGGUGGCCGUCAUGUGCAAGCCGCAUCGUUGUCCGCACAUCAACAUGACCGGCAAUAUAUGCGUCUAUUGUCCCGGCGGACCGGACAGCGACUUUGAGUACUCGACACAGUCGUACACAGGCUACGAGCCGACCUCAAUGCGAGCCAUCCGGUCGCGGUACGAUCCCUUUCUUCAGACCCGACACCGCGUUGAACAACUAAAGCAGCUGGGACACAGUGUGGACAAGGUGGAGUUCAUAGUAAUGGGCGGUACGUUCAUGUGCCUGCCGGAGGAGUACCGCGACUACUUCAUCCGCAACCUGCACGACGCCUUAUCCGGCCACAGCAGCGCCAAUGUAGCGGAGGCCGUACGAUACUCGGAGAAGUCACGCACAAAGUGCAUUGGCAUCACCAUAGAAACAAGGCCGGAUUACUGCCUCAAGCGGCACAUAUCGGAUAUGCUUAGCUAUGGUUGCACCCGGUUGGAAAUCGGUGUGCAAUCGGUUUACGAAGACGUAGCCAGGGAUACGAACCGUGGACACACGGUGCGAGCGGUGUGCGAGAGCUUUCAGCUAGGCAAAGAUGCUGGCUACAAGAUCGUGACGCACAUGAUGCCUGAUCUUCCCAAUGUGGACUUCGAACGCGACAUCGAGCAGUUCAUCGAGUACUUUGAGAACCCUGCCUUUCGCUCUGACGGCCUGAAGAUCUAUCCCACGCUAGUCAUUCGCGGCACUGGUCUCUACGAGUUAUGGAAAACCGGGCGGUAUAAGUCAUAUCCGCCAUCCAUGCUUGUCGACCUAGUGGCCAAGAUUUUGGCCCUUGUACCACCAUGGACGCGAGUGUACCGCGUACAGCGCGACAUUCCCAUGCCGCUUGUUAGUUCCGGCGUGGAGCACGGAAAUCUCCGCGAACUGGCGCUGGCCCGCAUGAAGGAUCUUGGCACCACUUGCCGCGACGUUAGAACCCGCGAAGUUGGCAUUCAGGAAAUCCACAACAAGGUGCGCCCUUACGAAAUUGAGCUAAUUCGUCGGGACUAUGUGGCCAAUGGCGGCUGGGAAACGUUUCUCUCAUACGAAGAUCCUGAACAGGACAUUCUCGUAGGCCUUCUUAGGCUGCGAAAGUGCUCACCGGAUACCUUCCGCCCGGAACUGAAGGGCGAAUGCUCCAUUGUGAGGGAGCUGCACGUAUAUGGCUCAGUCGUGCCGGUUAAUGCUAGGGAUCCCACCAAGUUUCAGCACCAGGGCUUCGGUAUGUUGCUGAUGGAGGAGGCAGAGCGAAUUGCUCGAGAGGAGCACGGCAGCACAAAACUGGCGGUCAUAUCGGGAGUGGGCACCAGGAACUACUACCGCAAAAUGGGAUACGAACUUGACGGACCCUAUAUGUCAAAGAGCAUAGAAGAAAAUAACUAAAUCUAGCGUUAAAUGACUGUCCUAGUGGUAUGUUGAUGGAUUAAACAUUUGUAUUUAUCACGCUAGGAGCAGUAAGAUUUCGCUACUUAAAACUACUUUCUUAAAUAUAUACAUUAAUAUAUAGAA